AUGACUCCUCCAGAGUCUCUUACCUCCACGGAAGAGGAUAGUUAUGAUACAGACCCAUCGGAGCAUUCUUCUGGGACAACGGAGGAGGAGACUUCCGGGAAUAUGCCAGCUGCUCCUGUGAUGGAGCACCCCGUCAGCCCGGCCACCUCGGAGAGUGCUACGGACUUCUCCUGUCCUUUGUCCUGGUCAUCAGUGAGCCAGGAAUCGUCUGGUUAUCUAUAUUCCUCCGAUUCAGAUGCGGGUAAUAGCGGGAGUCAGAUAGGUGGGGGGCAGACAGAUGAGGAUGAUGAUGGACAUACUUCUCACGGCAGCUCCCCAGGUGAUUGUAGGAUAAAGAUGAAGAGGGCCGCUUCUGAUGACGGAGAUGGGGGUGCCAAGAAGGCCCCCAGGAUGUCGCCGGGGCCGAGUAGGCAGAGCCCCAGUUACUCGAUUGAGUCAGAUCCUUCGGAGGAUCCCACGGAGGGCAGCUAUGAUACCGAUCCUUCGGAGGAUCCAGCGACGAUUCCUCCGGAGCUGCUGACCCCCAGAGCAGAGGUUCCCGCGGAGGGUGGCUACGAUACAGACCCCUCGGAGGACCCCUCGGGGGAUAGCUACGACACGGAUCCGUGCGAGGACCCAUCUAUGACUCCUCCAGAGUCUCCGAUCCCUGGAGCAGAGGAUCCCGUGGAGGAUGGUUAUGACACUGAUAUUUCAGAGGAUCAGGCGAUGACCCCUCCGGAGCUCCUUACCUCCGCGGAGGAGGAUAGUUAUGAGGCAGACCUAUCGGAGCCUUCUUCUGGGACGACGGAGGAGGAGAUUUUCAG